CUUCCGUCGGCGGAAGGAGGUUCGCGGCCGGGAGAGAGCCGCUCUCGGCGGGAGCCUCCCUGGUCGGGGCGGCCCGGCGGCGGCGGCAGCAGGAUGCGGCCAUGCUCCCCGACAGCCUCCUCGUCGAGAUCUUCCGCCACCUGCCGCCCCCGGACGUCCUGGCGGCGGGGCGGGUGUGCCGGCAGUGGCGGCGGGUGGCCCGGGACGAGGUCCUGUGGAAGGGGCUCUUCUAUCGGCACUACGGCGUCGCCCGGAACGUCCCGCGGCACCCAGCCGCCGCCUCCUGGUUCGGGGAGUUCCAGCGCCUGGCCGAUGCUGUCCCGCGCGUGGAGGUGCAGAGGCUGCGGGAGCACGGGGACCCCGUCCUCCACCUCAGCUUCGCCCACAGCGGCCGCCUCUUCGCCUCCUGCUCCAAGGACUGCACCGUCAAGAUCUGGAGGAACGAGCUGCCGGUCUCCCUGCUGCACAGCUCCAGCAUGAAGAAGUACAACUGGAGCUACACCCAGUUCUCCCAGUUCAACGCAGACGAUUCCCUCCUCCUGGUCUCGGGGGUCUUCAUGGGCCCCCGGAGCUCCUCCUCGGGGGAGAUUGCCGUCAUCGGGCUGGAGAACUUCGAACUCCUGUCCCGUGUCCGCAACAAGCCCUUCGACGUCUUUGGCUGCUGGCUGAACGAGACCAACUUGAUCUCCAGCAACCUCCAUCGGAUUGGCUACCUAACUUCCUGCUCCGUCUUGUGGCUGAACAACGCCUUCCAGGGCAUCGAGUCCGAGAACGUUAACGUGGUGAAGCGGCUCUUCAAAAUCCAGAACCUGAACGCCAGCGCCAUCCGGACCGUCCUGGUGGUCGACUGUGGCCGCUACAGCUCUCCUGAGGAGCUGGAGAGCCCUGGAGAGCAGGUGGAGGAAGGCCCCGCUCCUCCCCCCCAGGAGAGCCCCAGCCAGGAGCCGGAGGAGAGGCCCCAGCGCAGGGGUUUCCCAGCGGCCGAAGGGGAGGCAGGGACCGAAGACGGGCUGGACCGCUUCCUGAGUGACAUCAUGGCGGGGCACGUCCGGCCAAUGAUGACAGAGAUGGAGAUGGAGACGAAAGUGGCCCGACUCCUGGCCCGGAACCGAACGAAGCCCCCGGAGCCCAACCUGCUCUCCAUGCAGGGUGGGAACAAGAAAUACCUGGUCUUCACCACCGGCUGCCUCACCUACUCACCGCACCAGAUUGGAAUUAAGCAGAUCCUUCCCCACCAAAUGACAACCGCAGGGCCUGUUCUGGGCGAAGAGAGGAAUUCGGACAGGUUCUUCGAUUCGCUGGAUCAUGUCAUUGAUAUUCAUGGGCACAUCAUUGGCAUGGGCCUCUCCCCAGACCACAGGUACUUGUACGUCAACAGCCGCGCUUGGCCCGAGGGCUGCGUUGUUUCCGAUCCUUUGCAGCCGCCGCCCAUCGCAGAGGAGAUUGAGCUGCGCGUGGUGGACCUGAAGACCAUGAAGGAGGCCAAGCGGGCUCUGCGGGCACACCGAGCCUACACCCCCAGCGAAGAGUUCAACUUCAUUUUCCUUGAUGUCAGCAAGGACUUUGUAGCCAGCUUUGUUCCGUGGCCACCAACGUGUCUCCUCCUCCCGUGCAGUGGGGCUGAGGAUCGCCACGGAUACAUCUGGGACCGGCACUACGACAUCUGCUUGGCCAAACUGCAGCAUGACGACGUGGUCAACUCGGUGGCCUUCAGCCCUGUGGAACAGGAGCUCCUCCUGACAGCCUGUGCAGACAACACCAUCAAAGUGUGGCGCUCUCCCCGCACCGCGCGGGUCCUUCAGGACGAGAAGCCCCCGCUUCGUAGACGCCUCUUCUCAUGGGCCACGAAGCAGAGAACGUGAGCCGGGCGGGGCUGGCUCCCUUGGGCAAGCGACACCGGCCCAGCCUGCUCACCUUCACAGCUGCCCCUGCUUGGGUGAGGCUUGGAAGAAUUGCCAUCUAAGGAACGCAGGCUGGCAGGUGCUGCCCAGGGGCCUUUCGAAGGAGGCGUCCUGCUUGCAGGCUGGCAUCAUUCUGUAGGAUGCCCCCACCCUCCACUGUGCCUCCUGGGCUUUGAACAGCUGCGAAGGGAGCCAGGAAACCUGCGCUGGAUUCCCUCCGGUGCCUCUGCUCUUGUUGACCCAGGUGGCAAGGAGUCCCUUCCCUCCCAGGUGUUGGAGCUGCAGGCUGGGAAGGAGCACAGGUGCCCUCUUGCCCUCUGGGGGAGUCAGCCAUGUUCCCUGCAAAACAUCUGCUUGGGAAAUGGAGGAGGCGAGGGCACGACGUGUGUUAUUUUUUUUGUGAAGCAGAACGAAACCUGUUUAUGUGCACUUUGAGGAGGGCUGGGCAGCUUCCACGCCCUGCCAACCUUGGCUACCCAGUGCCGCAUGGCUUGGUUGCAAUAAACUUUGCUUGAGUGGUU